CCGCCCGAUUAUAAUAGCUGGUUGCAGCUGCAACCCCAGCGCUUCCGGCAGAGAGGAGAUGGCAGCUUUGCGCAAAGGGCUAGGGCUGCCCCGAGAGUGUUCCCAGCAGCAGUGGACAGCUCGGCCGGGAUUUCUGUUUAGCCGGUUCCAUGUUGCGACACCUUUUGGAGGUGCGAGGAGAGCGGUUUGCAGCAGGGCCAGCCGCGAGCAGCAGCUGCUUCAGGAGUUGCUCGAUCUUAUGAAGAAGACAAACAACAAAGUCGGAAAGCUUUCAAAACAGGUUCAACGUUUGGAGGCACGGGUAUGCGAAAUGUACGAAUUCACGAGCUUGCCUCUGAUCAGCGGUCACUUUGGAAACGACUUCGCUGACAGCGUCGACCUGCGGAGCGCAGCGCACAUUGUAGACCAUAUCCUGAACCUCGCGCUUAACCUGGACUUGAAUGGGUUGAAGCAGCGUGGGGUUCUCAUUAACGCCCUCGAGGAGUACGUCCUAAAAGACCGCCAAGGCCUGCGCGCAGCUGUGCGGGCUCUCAUCGAUGAGGCCUGCGAGGAGGCGGGCGUGUGCAUGAUUGCCCCACCCUCGAACUUCCAGACCGCCAGCUGGGACGACAUCCGCGCCGUCCUGCAGGAGCUCCAACACGGCUUCUCCGCCCCCGCCGCCGCCAGCAGCGGCCACCUGCUGUCGGAGGGCGGCGGUGGCGCGGAGGAGCGCAUCACCAACCUGCUGCGACUGCUGGACGCGCUGGAGGCGGCGGAGCGCACCCGGGCUGCUGCUGCUGCCGCUGCUGCUGCCGCUGCCAGCAGUGCCGCCAGCAGCAGCAGCAGCAUCAGGAGCUCCGCACUGGCAGCGGCGACAGUAGGAGGGAGCAGUGGCGGUGUCAGCAGCAGCAGCAGCAGCAGCUUGAACGGCCUAGGCAGCGGCAGCGGCAGUGGCAGCGGCAGCCUGGGAGGGGGCGCCAGCAGCAGCGGCAGUGCGCUGGCUGGGCUGCCGAGGCCGCUGCCGGCUUUCAUGGAGAUGGCGACUGCGCUGGCGGGGGCCAACCGGGGCUGCGCAUCGCGGGUGGCUCUGGACUGCCGGGGGCGGAUCGAUGUGCGGGAGACGUUCAUCGAGUUCCACUUUGGCGCCUUCAAGGGCGUCAACUCGGGCCUCCCCGAGACCUGCCAGCAGCUCCGGCGAGCAGCCCGGCUCUUCGUGUGGGCCUACCGCGUGCUGGAACCGCACCUGCAGGCCCCACACGCGGGGGCAGCGGGAGCAGCAGCACGGCAGCAGCAGCAGCUGCUGCUGACUCAGCCGCCGCCCCAACGGGAUGUGGCAGCCAUUGGAUACGCUUUCACCCUGGGGAAGGCGCCUCCGCACGAUUCGUUGUUGAAGCUGUACGAUGAGUUUGAGGUCGAGGUGGGCGGCGUGAGGCGCGAGGCGGACAUUGCGUACCGGUACUUUUCGGUGCGACCCACGGGUCUGCAUGAGCACCAUGCCAGGGCGUGAGACGAAUGGUUGAAAGGUACACGCCGUGUACGGCUUGCGUGGGAGGGUACGGUGUGUAAUGUACGAUAUGAGAUGCACGAAUGCAGGAGCGGCAAUGCGUGUGGGGGAAGGAACGUGAGAGAUGGGUGAGAGGGUUACCGGUUGAAGGGGCUGUCGGCAGGGAUUGAAGUGAGGCUUAUCUUUUUGUUGUGUACCUAGUAUUGCUUUCGUGUUGUCUGCUCCUUGAAGUUUAAGAACAUGGCAAGGCAUGAAGGCCGUAAACUGUGUGUGGCAGGGCGACACAGUCUUGGGUGCACGCGGUUGCAAAGGUGCAUGCGUCGGGUCGGUCCGUCGGUCGGUCCCAACGGUGCGGUGUGCCUGACCUGCCUCUUGGAGUGUGUUUGCUCGCUGCAUUCGGUAGGGAGGUUGUUUGUCCGCGCGCAAGCGCAAAAAGGGAAAGAAAGCAAACACAGCAGAAGAAGAAAGAAGGAGAUAAUAAGGACAGCUAAGAGCCACAUGCAUGUGACGCUACGGGCGGGCAGCGCGGUGUAGGACAGUGCUCAGUAAUCAGUGCGAGGCUGGUGGAAGGGGGGGGGUAUAAAGGGGUGUGCGGCGAAAUGCGGGUCUUGGGUUAUUAUGCACCCGCCAGCUUUGUCGUGUUAAGCGAUGUGACGUACGUUAUUGGCUUAUGCGGGUUGCGCGGUUGUGGGGCGCGUCCUUGCGCUUUGGUGCUGCAUGUGUAUCUUUAUGUAUUGUUGUGCCGCAUUUGUGUGAUCUCCGUAUACAGUAGAUCUCCCGAGGUGUCCCGAGGUAUGUAACUCCCACAGGUUUGGCUUGUCGGCACUGCGCCAGAGCCGGACUUAUUGGGAUGUCACUAGGAAGGAACACAUGCACCGUUACAGUGUUGCCGCUGCAGUGUUCGCACGUACGAUGGCUAUUUCUGCUUUUCCUUUUCGACAUCCACCUCCCCCUCACCAUCAUCAGCCCGGCGUGCUGUCCGUGUGGUGGGAGCGGUCGGGAGCAUGGCGAGGGGUUUUCCUGCUAUCUAACGAUGGUAACAAGUUGUGUGAGCGGACCAGAGUGGCCCGCCGUUUCCCUGGCAGACAAGCAACUAUGGGCGCUUGUGUGAUCUACUGACUGGCUAGCUGUACGGCAUCUCUUGUCGUGCGUGGACGGAGUUGUCGGGCGUUUGUCAGCUUGGGUGUUUGGUAUCGCACGCGCUUAUUAUGCACUUGCGCUGGUGCCUGGUAUUGAUGCUUUGUUUAGGAUGCUAUGUGAAGGAGUAAGACGCGGGAGAGGGAGAGGUCGCGGUACGGGUAAGAGGCAUGUGCCUUGCGUGCUGCAUGUUUGCUACUUUGCUUGCUUGCUGUUAUAUCAGUUCAGUCUGCUGGCCAUGAUGGGAUGCUUCCUAUAGCGGCUGUGAAGUGCUUUGGUCGCCCAGGUGCGGGGCGGGUGCGUGUGUGUGAGCAGGAGGUGCGCGCGUGUGUUGGAGGGGGGUCCACUGCAUACCGCAAGCCGCCUGCGCUGCGCUGGGCCUGCCUACUCACAGACGCUACCCAUAUAAAGCAAGCUGCUUUGACUAGGCUUCAUCAACCUACUAAAGUGUUGUACACAUAAGGAAUAAAGGGCGCUUUACGGCAUUCAGGCUUGCUGUAUGCACGCGCUCAAUGGUAAAGAGCGCUGCUGUGGUGCGUGUGGCACGGACCGAGGUUGAAACGAGGGCAUAGGACCGGAGGGAGCGUUCUCGCUGCAUGCGUCGUCAUGCGUGUGGCUCUGUUUUGGUACAAGGCAGGAGGGGGAGGGUGCGUGCGUGAACGCGUGUUGUUGUCUAUACUGGUAGGCGGCUGCAUACGUGGUGUUGUUGUUUGGCUGUGUGAGAUGUGUUUGCGGGCGGAGGUAAGCGAGGGAAGAGGAGUUGGUGAGGGUGUAAGGUCUUUUUGUCAGAGGCUUGGGAGGAAGGUGGGUGAGAAGGUGUCAUGGAGUUGUAGUAAGGUGUGAGCCAAGGAAGGUGCCACCGAGCAAAGUAAGCGGGAGGGACAUGCCACAUGCGGCUUGAUGGUGGAGGGCUCAUGCUCGAAUGGAAGGAGACUGGGCUCGGAGGUUCCGGGUCAUAAUUUGGGACAUGAGAUCGUGGUGUCAUGGCAGUGCAGUGUGUAACACGCACGCAGGCUGGCAUCGGGGUGACACACAAGCCCGUUUAGUAGAACGUGUAGGCAGGAGGAUGCGGCUCGUGUCAACCAGUGGCACCAGGUGACUGUCGUCCAGCGUGCCGUUAUGGUUAUAUGCAUUUGUACCCUGGGGCAUAAGAUAGACAGCCGCGUGCACAGAGUGCGCAAGCAUGCUAUGUAUAUUUGCACAAGGCCUUCAUCAGUGAC